GGACUGAUGUUUCUUGAUUUCUUGAUUGACAGGCUGUGAUAGUUCUAUGCUUAAUGGCAAGGUGUGAAGUUUUAAGUUGGGAAUAUACAAAUGAAAUAUAUAUACCAAGAGUUUUUCCUGUUUUAUAUUUUCUUUCAAAACCAGAAUUAACAAUGUUGUUUUGACCCAAUGGAUAUACAAAUAAUCUGAUGUCGUAGGUGCUGUGUUCCUUCAGUUAUGGAUGAAAAAGAGACCACUGUAGAGGUGUCUCGGUCAGCUGUGCUGGAGGCUGCUGCUGAUAUGAGAGAGAGUUGCGAGAAUGCCUGUAGCCUGCACACCGGUAGCAGGGAGACGACGAAAGAGGUAUCAAUGCCAAUCUGCUUCCUGGUGAAAGAGCAGGCCAAGUCUAUGGUGGCAAUCCAGGAACUGCAGAAACGGGUGGAAAAUGUUGAAGUUAUGCAAGAUGAUGUGAUAGAAUCUUUGAUUGAAAUAAGGAAUUUCCUGUGCGGAGAAUCUAGAAUUACCAGUAAUUUAAGUAUUGGGACGCCAAGUUUUACUAAUAGCCCAAAUGUGUUAAAAUCAAGCCCACUCACAAAGACUCGAAGAUUCAAUUACUCGCCAUCCAACCUUAAGUCAUCUUUGGAAACUUCUAGUUUAUCAGUUCGAUCGAAAUCUGUUUCUCCAAAGUAUUCUGAACUAAUAGUGAGUGAGUUGAAAAAACCAUUGCCCUGUGUUUCUGUGCAAUCGUCACAAAAACUUUUUGAUUUAGCCAGAAACAAAGAUUCAGUGUUAGAGAGCGAUAAGCAGGAUAGCGGAUUGGAUUCGGAUUGUCGAGAGCAGAAUGACAUUCAUCAUUCUUUAGGGAAAAAUUGGGGUAAACAAGAGACAAAUGAUGAGUUGUUACAGCUAUUGGACGAAAUAAGUGAACGAUCUGAAAUUCUACAAAAGCAGCUUUUUGUUGUUGAAGAAAAUGUUCAGGACAUCGCGAAACAAGAAGCAAUCAUAGACAACAGUGAGCAAAUGGAAUCAAAAUUCAUUGCUGAGGAUAUACAAAGAUCCAGACCACAUUACGUGCCGUCUUCAGCUAGUAAUGUAGAGCAAGAGAAGAAAGAAUUUUCAAAAAAAAUGCCUUCAAAUUCAACGCAUGUGGAAUCGGUGGUGCCAACAAAAAAUACCUUUACUGAUGCAUCUGUGUUAUUUGAGAGAAAACCUAUCUGUGAAAGAGUCUCCAAGAUAAGAAAAACUACUUCAAAUAAAAUAGACAGUGCCAUGGUUUCUUCGGUGUUAAAAGAAACGAAUGUCAUUGAGCUUCAAAGGCAAGUUUUGAUUUACCUUGUUGAGAAUGCAGUGCUGCAGACUAAACUUGGCGAAAUCGAACAGUGCUUGUACAACAAAAAUUUGGAAAGUGAAAAAGUUGAGAACAGUCUAAAAGAUGAAACAAGAUUGCUAAUGAUGGAAAACAGAGAGCUGCGCAUAGGAUUGGACGAACAAAAAUGCGAAAUUGGUUCUUUAAAAUCUAAAAUUACCAUGCUUGAGCGCGUCUUGCAGUCAGUCACUGUAGAAAACAGGGAGCUCAAUUGGCAAUUAGGAGAAUCUCUAGGUCUACAGAACCUAUCGAGGAGAGAUCCGCAUCAUUUGUCUUCAAGUUUUACUUUUGGCAGUUCAGGUUCAAAAUCCUUCAGGAGAUCCAGCCUACCUCAUCAGUUUUCGGGUGCAACUGAACGGCAUGUUCCUUGUACAAAAUCAAAAUUGCUGUCGAACACCAGCAGCUGUUUAGAUGCUACUGUUGAAGAACCUGACCAAGGGUGGCAACAGCUGGGCGGCAUAUCUUAUAAAUUCAAGGACGCUUUGUCCUCCACUCCCAUGAUGCCACUUGCCAAACUGAAAGAUUCCAAAAAGCACUUUUUAAAUGCGCCAAACCUUUCGUGCAACCAGGCCCAACCAAACUUUCAGACUGUCAAAAGGCAUUUGAAAUGCAAUAGCGAAAAGAACAGCGUGAGCUCCACUAUUCAAAUGUGCCUUGAAGAGAAUGCUUCCGAGACAAAAGCUAAUGGAGCUGUUGAAGACGCGGGAGCAGCUAAAUUCCCUUUUAAUACCAUUCUAGAAAAAUUGAAAGCCAAUUCUGAUUACAGGAUUUCACGAAGGGUUCCGGGAAGUUCUAACGAAACGCUUGCUUGUUCCUCAACUGACCAAACUAAAGCCUCAUCUAGCACGAGGAGUAACCAUUUGUCUCCCCCGUGCCGUGAGACGUUUUGCUCGGAGACACAGCUUCAAAGUAGAAAUUCUCCUUCGCAAAAUAUCCAGGACAAUAAAUCAAACACAAGAAAAGGGCGAAAUAUCCACCAAAGGAUACAAGAUAUUUUAGAUAGGAUAAUGGCUGAAUCUGAAGAAGCUGCUUAGUAAUAUACAAUUUUAGGUCGCAUUUAAAUUGUCUUGUAUUUUAAAAGUGAUAUGAAAUAGUGAGAAUUUUAAGUGUGUGUUUUAAAUGUCCUUUAUAGAGUCUAAUUUAUAGUUUUAUUUUUUUGUGAAUGAAUGGGUAAUUGUCUUAUGUAAUUUUUUGUAAAUAUUUAUCUGAACUAAGUCAUAAUGUUGUGCAAAAAGCAUUUAUUUUUCUCUAAAAUAUGUAGAUUAAGAAUUUGUUAUUUGUGUAUGUUUUUCUUUUUUGUAAACUUCGUUUUGUCAAGGAUCUUGCAAAUUAAUUUUUGAUAAUCUAAAAUUCAUUCAGUGAGCGCUAAGAUAGGGGCUUAUUCUGGCACCUGCACGGAAUCGUUCCCUUUUGAUUUGACGUCAUAACUCCUUCCAUCGCUGCUGAGAAAUUCCGGAAACAGAGGGGGUUGAGGGAGGAGUUAUGACAAGUCAAUUUGAAGCUGAAUGCUACCGACCUUUUGUGAAAUAAGGCCUAUAGUCAUACUUACUUACAUUCUCUUCGUAACAAUAUGUUUCUCUUCGUAACAAUAUGUUAUUUUUUUAAAGUAGGUUUCUCAUAGCUUUAGCUUUGAAAAUGAUGUGGUGCCUGUACAUGAGCCAUUAUUUUUAUACGUGCAAAGUAAGAGUUUACAGAUUCCGAAAGUAUAAAUUCUAUUGUUAUUAGCAAAUUAUCUUAAACUGACAAAAUGGCUUUAACUAAAGCACCCAAACUAUAUUCAGUGUACAAAAUUAAAAAAAAAAAAUAAAUGAUAAAAAUACUCUCAGUAGUAAUAAAAAAUAAAAACAGUUGCUACAGAAUAGACGUAGCUGGCGUUAUCUUACCCAAGCUUUGCCUUAUAUAAUCGGAGCUUCAAUUCAUUCCCCGAUUGCAAGAAGUAUGCUCUGUGAGUAGGUCAGAUCGAUCAUUAUUCAUUAAAAUCUAUGUUUUCAUGUAAAAUAGCGGUGAUUUUUUUAAAUUUUUUUUAUUGCAGUUGAGACUUCAAACUCAAAAGAACCGUGAUUAUAUUUGUUUUCCUGUAUUAUUUUAAAUUGUAAUUUUUGGCAAUAAUAUAUUGCAUUUAAAAUAAUUACAUCCCACCUUUUUUUUUACAGAUUAAAGAUGUAAUAAAAAUUCUAACCGUAAUUUGUUACGAGUUCUUAAAUUCAAUUUGAAAGAACUUUCUACAGUAUUAAUAUCCUGCUGCAUGAAUUUCUUGCAAGAAAGAUAUUUUUAAAGCAAUUUUACUGAAAUUAUAAAUGUAGACGAGACGAAUAUUAUUUGACAUGAAAGCAAUGUUUACCUUUUAUUUAUUUUUUUUUUCAAAAGUAGAUACAUUUUCAGUAUUAAAUGAAAUAUUAUUUCAGCUUAAGUAUUUUGAGAAUAAAAGGUAUUUUUUACAGUUAUGUAUUGCUUUAAAGAUUGAAAAAUGGUUCUCAAUCGCCUUAUGUGACGAAGUUCCUAUUAAAAUUUAAUUAUAAAGCUUAAAAAAUAAGAAAAUGUAAUUUGGUUUAGAAAACCAUUCUUCAUUCUCGGUGAAAUAUAAUCAUGUGCCAGUCUGACAUUCCGGUUUUGUAUAUUGUUCCCUUUAUUAUGUCGACAAUAAAA